UUUGAUAUGAUAAAACAAGCCUUGUCGUUAUUUUGUUAUUUUUUUACUGAUUUUUUUGUUAUUUUUCUUUUUUUUUCAAAUGAUAAUGUAUCAUACGAUAUAACUUACAGCAUCGAGCCAGACCCUCCAUUAUGUAAAAAAAAAAAAAAAUUAAAGAAUCAACAAAAAACUCGUUUAAAGAUAAAAAUAAAAAAAAAAUUUAUAUACACACACAUACUUGAUAUAAUUCGGAAGAAAUAAAAAUUGGCAAAGUAAAAAAAUUGACAGUUUUUUAAAUAUAUCUCUUUUGCAUAUACUAAAUUUUUUGGCACGAAAAAAAUAUGAAUUUUCAAUUUUUUUUAUUUUUUGACGAUAUAAUAAACGUGUAUUAAAAAUCCUGGAUGAAUAAAUAAGAUAAACCGUUUAGACGAGCCCCCUUGCAAUAUAACUGUAAAAAAUAUAUGUAUAUUUUCAAAAAAUAACAAAAAAUCGUAAAAGAAAUAUAUAAAAAAGACGAAAAAAACUAGUGAGGAAAAGGAAAAAAAAAAUCAGAUAUAUAUCUAUAUAUAUAUAAAAAUGAUAUGAUAUAUUCAUAGCACGUUUGAAUCAAAAGGUUUGAAAAAAAUAAAAAACAUGAAAUCGUCUCAUCCAAGUUCGUCUACACUCGACCUUGCUUGGUCUAAAUUUAAAGAGGGGAUCGUUCAAAUUUAAACGACUGUAAAAUGUUUGUGUGUCUGUCAUGGGCAAAGAGAUAGAGCUAACAUGAAUCAGGCGGCAUUCUAUUCAUCCACCAUUAUCAUUAUUUUAUUUUUAUUAUAACACAUACAUUUAUUAUAUACACACACAUACAUUAAAGAGUUGUUUGUCACUUACAAAUACAUUGUAGCAAUUUAAUCUGACAAGUGCGUUGUAUUUAUUUCGUGAUUUUCAAUGUGUAUAAAAUUAUAAAAAUAUAUAUUUAACUAACGUACGUAAUAUGUUUUUUUUUUUUUAAAUUUUAUGUUUAUCUAUAAAUUCAAAAAUCUUUAAAACAAUUGUGAAUUUAAAAAAAAAAAAUCUAUAAAUGUGAUAUUCGAAAAAUAUAUUCAACUUUAUUAAAAGAUAAAUAAAAUUUGACUAUGUUUUUUAAUUUAAUUAUAAAUAUAUUUAAAAAUAACUCAAAUAAAAAUAAACAUAUUUACUUCGAAAGUUAAAAUACAUUUUUACAAUAUUACGAUAAACAAAAAAAAUUAAACAAGUAGUACAAGUCAAUGAUAUGUUCAAGUAGUGGUAAUCACAUAAGACGAAUUGUCUGUAAUUUAUCAAGCUUCGAAAAACAAGUUGGAAUGUCAAAACAUUAACACAAAACAUUUUCAACUUGAUCAUACCAUUGAAUUUUUUUGCAAAACAAAAUUAAAAGUACAUACAUGCACUUUGUUUUGCAUGCAUGUGGUUUUAUUAUCAUUAUUAUUCUUCCACGUGUAGUUUUAAAAUAUAAAAAUACAACACACAGUCUCACGAUCUGAACCAAAAAAAAAAAACAUAUUUUUAUUUGCAAAAAUAUAUAUAAUAUAGCAUGUGUGUGUAUGUGUAUGUGUGUGCAGAAAAACAGGCAAAACGUGUUUCGUUUUGGGAACUGAGUCGAAAUGUUUAAGAAUAAAAAUAUGUAAAAAAAAACAGCGAAUAUUUAAGAAGCCCGCGCUAAACAGAAGUAAAAGAUAGCAUAAUAUAUUUUCAAGUGUAAAAGAGUGAGAUAGUAAUAUAUGUCGCGCCACUAGAAUAUUGUACGGCAAAGUCUGGUAAACUUAGUUCUAUAUAAUACAAAAUAAAAUAUAAAAAAAAGGAGUACGGAGGGGAAAAAGCACUCAACAUAAGACUCAUCGAUUGGUUCUUUAGUCAUGACCCCCACCAGUGAGCUUUCCCUUUCACCCAAUGGGAUCUCACUUUCGCAUUCGCCGCGCGGUAGCACAAACCGGCACACCGCAUGCUGGCAUGCUUUCCAUACGAUCCACCGCCACUUCUCAGUGACAAGUAUACGAGAGAGCUUUGCGUUUUAAGGUUAUAAACUACUACUAUAUGAAAAACAAAAAUAAAAAAAUAAAAACAAUAUUUAAAAUUGACAAAAAAAUCAUAACGUCUUAUGUUCAAUAUACAUGCUUAUAUAUUUUGACUCUUUAAUAUCAAAAAAUAUAUAUUUAUGAUUUUAACAAUAUACACGUUUGACAUUGUAUUUUAUUAUUAUUAUUAUUUUUUAUCGUGAAUGGUUUUUUGUUUAUUGAAUUUUGUGGAUUCUUGUUCGUCGAAUAUUUUAUAAUUAAUAGUUUGUGUUGAAAUUGUCAACGAAAUUAUUGGCUUUUUAUUUAUUUAUUAUUUUUUUUUCUUUUUUUUUUUUAUGGAGUAAAUUUAUUUUGUUUUGUGAAUCAAAACGCGAGUGUUUUAAAAAAAAAUUUAUUCAUUUUGAUAUAAAAAAAAAAAAAAAAACAAAUUCUUUACAAACACGCACUACGUUGGUGACCCUGACAUUCAUUUAGUGUAUUCAAACGAAGAUCAACAAUUGAACGUGCUGUUUUUUGUUUUUUUCAAAUAUAAAUUUGAUACUUUUUUUUUUUUUUUCAAUUAAUAAAUGAUUUAUUAUAAACUAUUAAACAAUAUUUUUUUAUAUAAAAAAUAAAUCAUUAAAAAGUGAGUAAAUAAAAAAAUCAAGUGUUAAAGAAAAUAAUUAAAAAAUUAUUUAAAAACAAUAAUUAAAUUAUUGAAUGGGACGACAAGUGUUGUGUCACCUGAAAGUGUAUCAUCGAGGGAAGAUCACUGAUGACGAUGAUGAUGAUGACACAUUGAGAAUAAAAAUAAAUAAAAAAAAUUCAUCAUUUAUUUAAAUAUAAAUAUUUCAAGAAUUUUGAUAAGAAAAAAAAUUUGAGAUAAAUUUUUCAACAUAAAAAAAACAAGUAUAAUAAAAGAAAAAAAAAAAAAAUAAUAAUAGUAUUAUUAUCAUUGAUAAAUAAAAAAAAAUAAUAAUAAAAAUGGCACCGAGACGUCAUGCUGGAAAUGGACAUGUUGGUGGACUACUUGAUGUUGCUGGUAAUCAUGAAGUUAUGGAAAAUUUUGGUAUAACUCAGGGAAUAAUGGGUACAUCACAUUGUUGUUUACCAACUGGUGAAUGUUUACGUAGUGAUACAUCAAUACGUAUUAAUUCACUUCAAGAUGUUGUUAAGGUAACAUGUAACAAUGAUAAUUGUACAAUGGGACAAUAUAUGCAUCGUGAAUGUUUUGAUACAUGGGAACAAACUGUAUUGACAUAUUUAAAAAAUUGUGGUAGAGCACGUAGUUGGUCAGAACGUCAGCGACAUCAAAAUUUAUGGACAAAAAAAGGUUAUGAUUUGGCAUUUAAAGCAUGUGGUUGUCGUUGUGGUAGAGGACAUUUGAAAAAAGAUUUAGACUGGAUGCCACCAGGUAUUGGUAGCAAUAUAACUGGUUGUCGUAUUGAUGAUACUGAUGCUAAAAAGAAAAAACGUAGAAAUCGUCAAAAUUCAAAGCCAAUACUUGCUGUAUCAACUGGACAAUCAUUACACGUCAAUGGAAGAUCAAGUGAUACACAAAUUAUUGAAACAAGUAGAGGACGUGCUGGUUCAUUAUCAUCAAGUAAUGGAUCAAGUUCACCACCAGCAACUAGUGAUGAGACUUCAAUCAGUCCACUUCAUCAACCACAACUUAUGAUGAAAAAGAAAAGUAAAAUUGACUUUUUUGGUGAUCAAAGAGCUCGACAAAGUUGUGGCGCCAAUGGAAUUUUUUCACGUCGUCUUGAUUUCAGUGCUUUCAAUAGUCUACCCAGAACCAAGCUCAACUCCUAUCAUAUCAAGAUGGAAGAUGAAGGAAAUCAUGGCAAUGAUGACACUAGAUGUUUUAUACUGUCAACUUUGGCAGCUUUACAAUGGUCAAGAGUAUCUUGCGUACUUUGCCGAGCGGCUAUGCUAGUCUUCGACAGGUAUCCACUUGUCGAUGGUACCUUUUUUUUAUCACCUCGUCAACAUUCACUUUCUUGUGCUGAGGUCAAGGUUGAAGGUCGCACACAAUAUUUGUCAGCAGUUUGCAUGGGUUGUCUUGAAGGUAGUGGUACAAAUGCAUCAGUACGUUGUCGUGUAUGCACACAACCAUGGGAUGGUUCAAGUCUUGUUCUUGGAACAAUGUAUAGCUAUGACAUAUUUGCUGCAAUGCCGUGUUGCACUGAGCGUCUAAUGUGCAACAGCUGUCAAAAACCACUGAUAUAUCCACAUCAACGAUUAAAUUUUUACUCAGACUACAGUCGUGUAUUUGCCUGUCCACAUUGUCGUGUUGUUGAUGCACAUUUUGUUAAACCAUUGUCAUCAUGCUUCACUCGUGAUCAUUUUCAGCUGUAUAGUCAGUGGCCGUAACAAUUACAGAAAAUAGACAAUUCUUUGUAUUCAAGUACAAUGGAAGAGGAUGCUGAGAAAUGUUUUAUUAAAUUAGCUGAAAUUUUUGCAACUGAAAUAUUGUCAAACGAUGAUGACAAGUAAUUGUGUUAAUAUAGCCGUACUAAAAUCGAUAACACAUCGAUUAAUUAAAUAAUUUAAUUGUCUUUAAGAUAAUUUUCAUUAAAUGUGUUUUUGAAAAACACCAUUUAUUCAAAUCAUUAUCUUUAAAUUUAAUAUAAUUUUUUUAGCUCAUUUGUUUAACUUUAUUUUUCUUUUAAUUUACUUUUUUUUUUUUUUAUUUUUCUUUCGUUUAUAUACACGUGUACGUAUGUGUUUAAUCAAUUGAUAUAAAUUAUUAUUUUUUUUCUUACAUUUAAAAUUCAAUAGUAGACGUCUGAAUUAUUAUUUUGUGUAAAAAUAUUGUCCCAUCGUUUUGCACAACAACGUGACUGUCUGAAAAAAAAAAUACGACAAGUUAUCUUGUGCACAAUGAUGGGACUAUAAACAAUUGAAAGUUGUACUGAAGUAAUGAACCAUUCAAACAUUGAUAAGACAGACAGAAAUAUUAUGAAAAAAAUGUAUAGACAUUGACAUUGAUUGGCACAUGCAUACACAAACCAAAAAAUAAUAUAAAAAUUAAUUCAAUGCUGCUGUGAGCAACUUGAUAUCUAAAGUAAAAAAAAAUAAUAAAAAAGAAAAAUAAAGUAAAAGAAUAAUUUAAAAAAAAUAAUAGGCAACAUAAAGCACACCAUUUUACAUGUAUUAGUCGAAUUAUUAUUAUUAUUAUUAUUAUUUUUUAAUAUUAAUUAAUUUUUAUUAUAUUAUUAUUAAUAUUGAUAAUAUCUAAAUAGCAUAUGAUAAGAUUAAAAAAAUUAAAAUUAUGAAGAAAUUUUUUUUUUAAAUACAUGAAUUUAAAAAUUGACAUGUAAGAGAUAUAAAAAUUAAAAAAAAAAAAAAAUUACACACUCACAUACACAUUUUUGUUAGGGGGAAAAAUACUAUUGUUUGUUACUUAGAUAAUCAAUAAUCGUUGUUUUCUUUUUUAACAUUUUAUUAGUUUAUAAUAAUGAGGAGGAAAAAAAUUAAUAAGAUUUCGUCUAGGACAACUAUGUUGUUUUGUUUUUAAAAUUAAAAAAAAAGAACAAAAUUGUCUUGGUUUUUAUUUAUUAUUUUUUUUAAAUUUUCAAUCGAAAUCUUUGGAAAUAAUAUAAAGGAAAAUUUAUAAGUAUACUGGGAAUCGUUGAUAACUUAUAAAGAAAAAAAAAAGUACGAAAGACUUUACAAAAUGUUUUUGAUGAGGUGAAAAAAAAAAUAACAAAUUGCCUAGUGCUCUAAACAUUUUGUUUUUUUUUUUUUUAUUUAUUUAUUUAUUUAUUAUUUUGAUUUUAGUUUUAUUUUAUCAUUUUUUUUUUUAAAUAUUGCAGACAGUUUUCGAGGGUUGUAGAAGGCAAAUUGUUGUCAAUUGUGCGAAAAAAAAAUUAAGUUAAACGACCAGACAGGCAAAAAAAAAAAGAAAAAAAUAUAAUUAAAAAAAAAAAUUGCCAAAGGAAUGAAAAGUACUCGAAUUUUCUCAGAGAACAAAUUACCACUCUCUUGUUUGCUUUUGUUUUUUUUUUAAAUUGAAUUUUUAAUUUUUCUUGGCGAUGCUGGUCGUUGCUGCAUGCCCAAAAUGGCGACCGUCCCCGAGUGUUAAAAAAAAAAAAAUAUCCUUAUAUAAUUAUGUGUUUUCCACCUAAACUCAAACGUAGAAUUAAUUGACCGUGUGUACCUCAACACGUUUACAUAUAAUCAUCAGCACAGCAUAUAAAUUUUAAAUAAUCGUUUAAUAAAAAUUUUUAAAAAAAUAAAAAAAAUCGAAAAUAUAUAUAUAUGAAAGAAAAACAAUUACUAUAAAGAAAAAAACAAAGCAUAGAGGAACAUUUUAAUUCAUCAAAUCGACAAGACAAAUCAUUUUUUAAAUCUAAUCACGACUAUACAUUUCUCACAGUGCCAAAAUACCUCAUGAAAACAUUUUUUUAUUUUCCAAAUUGUUAAUUAUUUCAUUUUUUUUUUUCUCCUCUAUUUUUUUCUUUUAAUUUUUAUCAAUUUUUUAAAGCUCUUCUCCCCCUAUUUAAUUUAUUAAACCGCUUCACAUGCGGCAUAGCUGUCGCGACAAUAAAAAAUGAAAAAAAAAAUUGUCCUUUUUGAUAAUUAAAAUUAAAUGAUGUUUGGUUUAAAAAAAAAAAUAAUAAUAAAACGUGGAAGAUAUUUCGGUAGCGGACAUUGUUACGAGAACAUUGUGCGUACUCCCUACCCGUUUUCAAUUUUAUUAUUAUAAAAUUUAGUCAGAUUUGCCGAAACGUCAAAACGUACAGCAAUUAAAUUUUAAAAAAAUGAUAGAAAAAAAAAAAAAAAAUUAAGGAAAAAAAAGUUAAAUUACGGUGCAACCGUUUCUUUUUUCCCCUCUUUGUUCAGAUUAUUUCAUUCUUAAUAAAUAAAUAUUAGUUAAACAUACCUACGUGAUUUUCACGUUAUUAAAAUAAAUAAAUCCUUUGACUUCGUCGUUUCUAUAUUCCUAGAUAAUAAAUUAAAAAAUGUUUUAGUGUUAUUUAUAUCUAUAUUAGUAAUCAAGAGCCAUUUCAUAAAUAAUGUUUAGAAUUAAGAUAAACACUCAGUACGCAACCGUUCUAUUAGAUAUUAGUAAGUCGUUUUUCUAUUUUUAUUUUUUGUUGUUUUUUAUUUGUCCUUUAAAUUAUAAAAAAAAAAAAAACAUCGUAAAUAUAUAAGCUUUAAAUAAAUUAUAUUAACAAAAUAAUAAUAAAUAAUAAAAAAAACAUAAAAAAAAAAAAAAAAAAAAAAAUACACAAUCCACCUUUCAUUCUAAACGUAUCAGUUUCGUCGUGCUUUUUUAUGCAACGUGUUUAGAUUCGAAAUAUUUUAAAUCACGUUUGCAAAACCGACGAAAUGGGCGAGAGGAAAAAGUCUGUUGAAACAAGAACAUAGUAGCGGGAAAAACAAAUUAAUAAAAAAAUAAAUUUUAAAAAAAAUUGUAGUAUUUUUCGUUGUUUUUUUUUUUUUUUUUGGUUUUCAUUAGUUUUUUUUUAUUUAUAUAAAAAAUACCCGAUAUAUCUACUAACGUUUUUAGUGAAUAUUAUGAGUACGAGUUCGUUGGCGUGAGUAUCUAUAAAUUUUGAGCAACAAAAGCAUUUAAAUAUCUCUAAAUAAAAUAUAUAAAAACAAGUAAAUCAAAUGAAGAAACAAAAAAAAAAAAAUAAAAGACUUAACAAACUGCAUUUUAAUGAAAAAAAAAUAAUAGUAAUUAACGCGCCACGAUUCUUUUUCUAAUAAUAUUAAAAAAGUAAUAAUUAAUAAAUUAAUUAAAACACAAUUUAAUCAACAUUAAUAUAUAAUAGUUGAAUAGAAUAAAUAAAUAAAUAUUAUAAUAAUAUAUAGUCUUUUUUUUACAUAAGCAAUGAAAAUUAUGGUAAAUUAGUCUAGCCCGAGGUCUAGCCAUUAAGUUUUACCAAUAAAAUCGUAAUAAUAGGUUUCUUUUUUUUUUUCUAUUCCGAUGAUCCCAGGAAUUUUGUACCUUUGAUACGUAAGUUAAUAAUAAAUCCCAUAUGAAAAAAUUGACGCAAAAGAUAAACGAUGGUUCACAAGAAAAAUUGUAAAAAAAAAAGUUCGAUACGAUUUUUUUUUUAUCAAAUAAACAUUGAGAAAAUAAUAUUAAUAAUUUUUAAAAGUCACAAUGUUAUUUAUCUUUAUUAAAAUAAAUUAAUUUAUAAAAAAUUUGUUUAAUUCUUUUUGUAUAUAUAACACUGCUAUUAGUUUGAAUUAAUAUAUUUAUUUUUUUCCUGUGAAUCAUCUCUGCAAUAAGCGAAUCGAGUGAAAAAAUAAUUAAAAAAUAUGAAAAAUUAUAAAAGUGAAUUAAUGACGGAGCAGUAAAAUAAUUGUAUUGAUGUUUUUUAAAGAGAGAAAUUUAUGGGUAUAAUAUUCACUGGCCGGUAAGCCCCAAAACCCUGAUUGCUAUUUUGUACCAAAUGUCGUCCGUCGUCUUGCCCUGACCCAUAAAUAUAUAUCGUGCUGGGAUAAAAAAAAAAAAAAAAAUAUAUAUUAAACAAUAAAAUAAUAACAAUUUUUUUUUAAAUGAAAAAAUCAUAGUUCAUAUUGUCGAGCACAGCAGAAAAGUCGAGACGGUGUCGAUCUGAUUUGUGAGAAUAAAUAAAAUUAAAUUUAACAAAAUGGUUAUGAGUAGUUGAUAUAUUGAAUAGAGUUUAAAAAAUUAUCAUUAUGAAAGUUUUUGAGUCUUACCAAAAAAAAAUAAAUAAAAUAAUAAAAAAGUAUAAAAAUUUUGGACAGAGUUUUAAACAGGUGUCUGGCAACACGUCAAAGUUAUCGUUCCCAAUUUUUUUUUUUUAAAACGUUCAUUCGUAAAAUUUUAUAAGAAAUAAAAAACACAAAUGAGCAGUUUAUUAAUCUACAGUACAAUCUCAGGUAAAAAUAAAUAAAAAAAUAAAAAAAUGAUAAUUGAAAAUGAUUAAGGUAUUAUAAAUAGGUAAAGUAAAAUGAUUAAAAGAUGGAAUCGAAUGUACGAUAUAGAUUUUAAAAAUGGCUGUACCGGCAAUAGCAUGUCACAAUAAAUUAUAAUAUACAUAUUGAUAAAUUUAUUGCAUAAAUCAGUGCACAUAAAAUAUUCAUAUAUGAAAAGCAAAAAAAUUAUUUAUAUAUAUAAAGAAAAUAAUAUGAAAAAACUUGAAUUAUUCCAAAUGAAAUGAUUUUUUUUUUAAAGAAAAAUUUAUAGCAUAUACGUUUGUAAAUGGAUAAAUUAUUCAUUUAUAUAUAUCCGAUUAAGUCGUACGGAUUUGACAUUAUGUUAUCAGGAAAAUAGUGAUUGAAAUUAAUAAAAUAUAUUUAAUACAUAUUUAUAACUCUUGAUGAAUUAUUUAAUAUAAAAAAAAUAAUAACGAUUUCGGGAUUAGACAAUUAGCUGUGGCUGACAACUAUCAUAACAAUUUGAGUCUAGGGAUAUUUAUGCUUGAUAAUAUUUAUGUAACUGAAAAUAACAGAUAGAGGAAAUGGAAUUUUUAUUUUUUAUUAAUUUAAUGUUAGAAAAAUUUUUUAGAUAUUAAUAAUUUAUACAUCAACAGUGUGCACAAAUAAAAUCAAUAAUAUAAAAAAAAAUAAAUUAUUGUUUUGUUUUUUUUUUUUUAAUUAUGGUGCACAAUAUUUUGAAAUUAUUGUUACACUUUUUUAUACAUAAAUAAAUUUUAUAACAUGUGUGCUAUAGAAAAAAAAGUUUUUUAAUUUUAAAAAUUCAUAUUUAAUAAAAGCUCAGUUACUAUUUCCUCAUCUAAACAUAAAAAGAAAAUAAAACAAUUAAUUUUAUAACUGAUUGAUUAUAUACAAUUUUUAAAAUAAAAUAUAUUUAUUCGUUUAUGUUUGGGCAUUUUUUUGACGUUGAAAUAAUCGCGUCUUCCACCCAUUCAAUAUAAAAAAAAAUAAAAAAAAUACUAAAUAUAUCGAAUUGCCAAGGGAAAAUAAAUUGCCACAAAAAAAAUCAGAUAAGUGUUGAGUAAAUAUUUGUAUCAAUAGAUAAAUUUCUUAGCAAUUUUUAAAAAAUAUAAAAAACACUUUGGCAAAGGUACAAAUGUACAUAAGAAUCAUAUUGUUAUUAUUAUGUAUAUCGUGACCUAUUUAUCCACAGUCAAAAUAAUAAAAAUAAUCAUAAAAACGAUAAUGUAGGCGUUUGCCUCGAAAAACUAACAACAAAAUUACAGUAAAAAAAUUACACUUGAUUUAUCAUCAAUGUUUAAGAAAAUUCUCUGACCUUCGCCGGGUGUCUUUCAAUAAAAUAGAUGAAAAUUUAUGACAAUGAAAACAUUUUUUUACAAAAAAGAAAAAAAUAAUAAUAAUACUGACAAGGGUCAAUAAUGAUGAGAUCGAUUAACAAUUGCUACUCCGAUGAAGGUCAGGUUUUUCUAAAUAAAAAAAAGUAAUAAUAAUAAAGAAUUUGUUGCUUUACAAUAAUCAUCAUUUUUCAUGAAUAUAUAAUUCAAUAAUCAUUAGUAGUAAAAUUAAAAACUAAAAAAUAUAUUUAUUCAUAUUUAGAUAAUGCUCAGGUAUUAUUAUUUAGUUGUUUUUAUUUACAUUUUAAAAUAGCAAAAUCAAUCUCAAUGAUGUUUUUUUUUUUAAAUUAUUAAUCACAUAAUGUAGUUGAGAAAAAGAUAUGUCUUUUUAAUAAAAUAAAAAUUUGUACAUUAAAAAUAUUUGCAAAUGAUAAAUGGGAGAUUUUAUAUUGAAAAAAAAAAAAAAAGUUUUUUAAAAUUGGUUAAAGUUUAUAUGAAAUGAAGAAAGAAAAAAAUUAUUUAAAUAUAAAACAAAGAAUAUUGAAAUAGAAUAAAAUCGUGUAUAAGCCAAAAAAACCUCGCAUUCACAAAUUUAAUGAAAAAAAAAAAAAGAAGAAAUUUAUUAGUUUAAAAUAAAAAUCCAUUUUCAUAGCUGAUUUAAAAAUUUUAGCGAUUGAAUGAUGUGUAAAUGUGCUUUUAUCCCUUCUCAUUGUAACACAUAGUUAAUUCAUAAUAAUCAUUUAAAUAAUAAUAAUAAUUAUUGUCAUUAAAAAUUUGAUUAGUGAUAAUUAUUGGGUAGAUAGUAGUAUAAACAUCAAAAGGCAGACGUAAUAAUUUUUAGGACGGCAAUCAGACGGGGUGUUUUUUUUUUUUUUUCUUUAUUUUAUUUAAUCAAUCCGAGUAUUCGAUGAAAAACUAACUUCACUCGAUUCAACGGAAUAAUUGCACGACAAUGCAAAUUAAAAUUAAAUCAAAGUAAAUCAUAAAUUAUUCGGACUAAGGGUAGAAUUUAUUUCUAGCAUUUUUGUGUUUUUAAUUUUGUUUAAUUUUUAAUUUAUAUUUAAGUAAAAAAUUAAUUUAAACGAAUCUAAAUUGGAAAAUUUUAAUACAUUUAAUUCGUAGAAUAUAAUUCGGUACAUUUUAAUUCGGCUGUGUUUAAGAAUUGAGAAUAACAACUAAAUUGAGAAUAAAAAUUUUGUAUUAAGAAAUUGUUCAUUUGAUUAAGAUUUCGAAAAGAAAAAAAAAAACAAAUUGGUAGGAUAAUAAUUUUUGUACCCUAUUUUUUUAACAAUUGGCAUUUGUAUUGUGGAAAAAAAAAAAAAGAAAAAUUAAUGUUUUGAAAAUAAGAAUUGUGAGAUUAUCAAAAUUAGAGUGUCAUUAAUUUAAGAGAGAAAAAUAAAUCGCAGAUUUAAAAGUCAUUUGAAAAUAAAAAUUUAAAAAAUGUAUUACUCGAUAUUAAGUAAUUUGAAAUUAAUAAAAAAAAAAAAAAAACAAUGUCGUCAAAGUUUACCGUACUAAACACACCUCGAAUAUUUAAUCAUUUAAUAAUCUUAGAAAUUUUCUGAAAUAUUACUUUAAACUUUCAAGUGGAAUGAAAAAUUGCGAAGAUAAAAAAAUAAAAAAUUAAUAAAAAUGACGGAACGGCAGGCAUGGAAACGCGAUCCAAACUAAUUUUGCAAUGAAUUUAAAAUUUUAAAAAAUGAAAAAACAAAUUGAAAAAAAUAAUAAUAAAAUUUGCAAAUCGUGCUGGUAGCGCGGACCAAAGGGAAUGAGACAAAUGCAAAUAAUGGGAGAAGUCGCUCCAUCGGGAUUGCAAAUCGUUCAUGAUAUAGUCAUUAAGUCUUAAGACACUAGUGUUGAAAUUUUACUGGGUGUUUAACAAAUAUGUUAUGGUUCUUUGUCACCAAAAAAAAACAAAAAAAAAAACGACAUGAGCCAUUAACUCAAAUGGAUCGUUAAUUUUUUAUUAUUUAGCUUCUUUGCAAUAAAAUAAUACAAGAAGCAUCAUUAACCAAUGAUAAAAAAAUUAUAUAUAAUAAUGAAAAAAUAAAAACUCCAUCAAAGACACCCAGUGACUUUAUGCGCCAAGUUAAAUUUCAAUAAUUGGCUACGUGGUAUUCAAAAGCGAUACGUUAAAAUUUAAGUAAAAAAAAAAACAAUAAUAGUUUUUUAAAAACAUUAUAAAAUAAUAAUAAUUUUUGAUUGGAUUUUUGAUACGAAUUUUUUCUAGGAUCACAUAUUUAAAAUCGUUGUUUAAUAAAUUUAUGUUUUAUAAUUAAUUGCGGAUAUAAAAAUUGAAAAUUAUAAUCGAAAAUAUUGAGACGUGAUUGUGAAUAUUUUAAUGAUAUUGAUUUAAGAAAAAAUAAAAUUAUUUUCUCAUUAUUUUUAUUUAAAUAAUUAAAUAUUUUUUUAUAAAUUUGUGAUAAUUAUACACGUCUCAUGUUUUUCUUUUUAUUUUUCUUUUUCAGCUCAGUGUCGAGACAAAAAUUCAUAUAAAAAAUAAAAUGCGAAAAUUUAAUUUUGCAGACAGUUCGAUAAAUAACUGGCCUCAAAAUAGGCAAUUGAUGAAUAGACUGCAAUCGCAAUUAAAAAAAAAAAACAAAUUAAAAUUUAAAAUUCAAUUAAUAUACUAAAAAAUUAAUUGGUAUAAUGAUCAAUAAAAUUUUUGUUUAGUAGUCAUAUAGUGGUAGGAGCUAAAAUUUAUCAAAAUUUCAUUAACUAUUAAAUAAUUCGUCAAAAAAUUAAAUAAAAUAAUUAUUAAUAAUAAUUGGUAGUAAUUGAAUAAAAAAAAAAAUUUUUAAUUAUAAAAUCAUUUGUCACAUUAAUUGUGAGUCAUAACUAUUUGUGUAACAAUUGCAAUUUGCCGUGUUUAGCUUAAUAUAUAAUUAGUUGCAUUUAUAAUUAAUUAAUUAAAUUAUUUAUUAAUUAAUUAAUUAUUUAGAAAAUUUAAAAUUACCGUCACAUCCCGCUAGUUUAGUAAAACGAGCCACGAGAGUUUUCGAAAUUUAUUCACAAUGAAAAAUUGAUUUAAUUGAAAAUAAAAAAAUAAUGAUUCUUGAAUUUUAUGAGAGAUUCUUUGUUAUAAUUACAUGUACAAUGUUAAUUGAAUAAUAAUAAUUAUAAUUGAACAUUAAUGAUGAAUUUCGAAAACGAAAAUACAAGUGGCUCGUUCUAGCUUGUGUGUAUGUUCGUGUGCAUGUGCGUAAAUCUGUGUAUUUUCUAAUUUAUAAAAAAAAAAAAAAAAAGAAAUAAUUCCCCAUCAAUUAAAUAAUCAUCAAUACCUUUCUAUGAAUUUUUUUUUAUUUUUAUUUUGCUGUUUUUUUCUCACAAUGAUAAUACUUGAAAUUUAAAACAAAAAACAAAUGUAAGCACAAUAUUUAUGACCUGUCACGAGAUUAGUUGAAAUUAAAUUUUAGAUAUAUUUUUUUUUCAAUAAAAUCAAUGAUUGAUUUUAUUUUUAAUUGAGUCACUCAAUUUAUAUCUCAGGUUUGAUUUUUGUAUUUUAUUUUUUAUUCAUGGAAAUGUCAUUUUAAUUGGCAGUCGUCUCGAGUGUUAUUUCUCCGGAACAAUAAA